AUGGGGUGCAAGAAUCAGUUAAUGCUGCCAAAAGGAAUGGUGAAGUUAUCAAACUCUGAUGUUCAAAGUUGGCUACAAAAAAGAACAUUCAAUAAUAAUGUUGCCCAUCCUGCACCUCCACCGAUGAUAUGGUCAACAUUCAAAGAAGGUUUUAAGGAUUUUAAAUCCAGAAUGACAUAUGUGAAUAGCGCGAUAGAGCGAAAGUGGAAGAGCACUAAGCUCUACAGAAGACUCAAGCAAAUAAAUAAGAUCCCGAUUGUAUUAGAUGAUGUGUGGACAGAGCUCGAUUUUGAGGCUAUGGACUUCCUUAUGGACCUCAUAAAGGUUUUAACACCAGAGGAAUCAUGGGAACUCUUCCGUGAAAUCAUAGGUAAACCCUUGGACUAUCCUGAUUUGGCUAAACGAGUCACAAAUGAGUGUGCAGGUUUACCUAUUGCUAUUUUAACGUUGCGAAAGCACUAG